AUGUUCAAGAAAGAAAUCCAGCCUUCGCCCAAGCAGAAGCUUAAGUCGUCCGUCCAGCGAUCUCUUCGCCAGAACCUCCUCGACACAUACCCCCUCCUCAACCCCUACAUUGACGAGAUUAUGCCCAAGAAGGCUUCGCUCUCAAGCAUGAAGCUUACCGACCGCAACACCCUCUACGUCCUCGACUCGACACCUAUCUUCUACCAACAGGACCUCACAGGCAUCCUCAUUCCUCACCUGCGCCUCGUCCACCGAUUCCCUCAGGCCUUCCCUAGCAUUCGCAUUGACCGUGGUGCUAUCCGCUUCGUCCUCUCCGGCGCUACCCUUAUGGCCCCUGGACUUACCUCUCCCGGUGGCAGACUACCCGCCGAUGGCUCACCCGAGGGUGUGCAAGAGGGCAAGGAGAUGGAACAGAAGAUGGAAGACGAUUUCCGAUGGAGCAGAGAGCUGGUUAAAGGCGAACCUGUGGUCGUCAUAGCCGAGGGCAAGGAAGAGGCGUGUGCCGUUGGAACACUUGUCGCAGGAACGAAGGAGGUCAAGGCCAAGGGCAAGGGGCCUGUAAUUGAGGACGCGCAUUACCUGGGCGAUGGGUUGUGGAUGAUGCCCACCGAGUAG